AAAUGACGAACUUUAUACUUCUGCACAAGCGUUAAAAGCAUGCUGAAGAACACACUGAAGAAUAACUUACUUGGUCACAGACAGCGACGUAGGUCAAUUAGUGCAGUAAGAUUUAUACCGGUGUGGUUGGCUUUUGCAAACGAGGGCGAGCGUGUGGCCUCGACUAGCCUGUUUCUAACCUAAAAUAGGCUGCCAUGGAUCAAAUGGAAAUUACAAGUCCUGAAAGAAAGGUGUCCGCACAUGAUAUUUGCAAGGAGAAGAGUGUGAUAAUGAGUGAGCUUGAUGAAGAUGACUUGGUUAGCAUUAUGCCAACCCAGAUGGACCUUAAGGUGGCAUUAAAUGAGAGUUUUAUGGCACUGAAUCUAUUCCUGAACAACAAGUUUUUAGAGGCGCUUGACAUCCUCAGACCAUGGAGGAAUGACAGCAUGUAUCAUGCAAUGGGAUACAGCAGCAUCUUGACUAUGCAGGCUGGGAUGACCUUUGACCCAAAGGACAUGGAGACUGCCUUGACCGCACUUCAGGAGGCCCUUGUUACAUGCCAAAGGUUCAGAAGGAAGGUUACAUUUGUUGAAGUCCUUUCAAACAUGGUUUACAGGCGGGACCCAGGGCAGAUGACUGAAGAGGAGAUGCAUGCUGAACUGUGCUAUGCUGAUGUUCUAUACCUAAGAGCUGCAUUAAGCUUUUUAGAGGAUGAGAGUAUGAUUGGCUUCUUAAAAGGAGGAAUGAAAAUGCGAGAGAGCUAUCAAAUAUACAAAGAAUGUAAGGAACAGUUAAACCUGUAUCAGAACCAGCCUGAAGAAAGUGACACUUUCAAACAUUUUGCUGGAGGAGUCAACAUGGGCAUUGGCUCUUUUAACUUGAUGCUGUCUCUAGCUCCUGCCAGAGUCCUUAGAUUACUGGAGUUCCUGGGUUUUGGUGGAAAUAGAGAGGUGGGGCUGUCCGAGCUCCAUCAAGGAGCAUCCAGCAGUAGCCUUCGCUCCAUUCUCUGCACGCUCACUCUCCUUAUGUUUCACACCUACAUCUCUGUUAUACUGGGGACUGGUGAGGGUAAUGUUGCAGAGGCUGAAGCCCUACUGGAGCCAUAUGUUGAAAACUUUCCCAAUGGCGCUCUCAUGCUCUUCUACACGGCCAGAAUUGCAGUGCUCAAAGGAAACUUUGAAAUGGCUCAGGAGAAGUUUUUGGAGUGCAUUGCUGUUCAGCAGGAAUGGCGCCAAGUCCACCACCUGUGUUACUGGGAGCUGAUGUGGUCCUAUUCAUACCAGCAGAACUGGCUGGAGGCCUACCGCUAUGCAGACCUGCUUUGUAAAGAGAGCAAAUGGUCCCAGGCCACCUAUGUGUUUCAGAAAGCAUCCAUUCUGAGCAUGAUGCCAGAGGAGGAAGUGAGUAAAACUGGAGAGAAGGCUGAGGACCUGUUCAGACAGGUAGACAGUCUUCGACAGAAGUUUGCUGGGAAGUCUGUCCCUACUGAGAAGUUUGCAGCACGGAAAGCAAGUCGCUACAGUAAACCUGAGCCAACCAAGUUGGUCAUUCCAGCACUGGAAAUGAUGUAUGUGUGGAAUGGCUAUUCUAUUGUGGGCAAGAGGCCUGAACUGACAGAGAGCAUCCUCAGCACCAUAAAGGCAGCAGAGGAGCAACUGACAAACGAUCCUACGCCGUCAGAGUACCUUGCUGAUGACCAGUGUGUGGUGCAGAUGCUGAAGGGCCUGUGUCUGAGGCACCUUAGCCGCCUGCCUGAGGCUGAGAGCUGCUUCACUCAUGUCAUCUCAAAUGAGAAGAGUAUUAAAUAUAAUGACUACCUGGUGCCAUUCGCCAUGUAUGAAUUGGGCAUCCUCUACAACCAGCAAGGAGAAACUAAGAAAGCCAUUACAUACAUUGAAAAUGCAAAGAUGAACUACAAGGACUACUCCAUGGAAUCAAGACUGCACUUCCGCAUUCAUGCAGCACUUUCUAGUAUGGGCCAUCCUGUGGAAGGCACCAUGCAACAGCAGCAUGUCAGCCUGCCUGCACCGUCCCUAUGAGCUCCUAUAGGUCAAAGUGCAAAUGAAAAAAAAAAAAAAGAAUUAAGUGUCAUCAUUGGAUGCCACUCAUAAAUUAAAGGCAGAUUCCAUUUAAUACAAUAUUUAGUGUCUGUCUC